AUGACAAAAGCCGCCUUUCCUACUCAGAGACACACCAACCCUUUGAUCUGGAUCUUAGCCAUAUUCUGCGCCAUCAUAUCCCUAGCAGUGAUCAUCGCAGGCAUCGUCGUGUUCGCCGGAUACAUGAUCAUCCAUCCGAGGGUGCCUUUCAUCAGCGUCACCUCCGCCAGCCUCGACACUUUACGUUAUGAUCAAGCUGGUCUUCUCGAGAUCCAAAUGAUCAUUGUUAUCAGGGCCGAGAACGACAACACCAGAGCCCAUUCAAGCUUUUCGCACACCAGUUUCAUGCUCAGCUUUCAGGGGCUGGUGUUGGCUAAACUCGUCGCCGGCCCUUUUGAUGUGAGCAAAAACAGUUCCACCGAUUUUAACUAUGAGCUACCAUCUUCUCAAAUACCUUUGGAUCCUAUGCAAAUGGAGGAAGUAGACUCUUCUUUGAAGAAAAAUGAAAUCUCGUUCGAUUUGAGAGGGAGCUCGAGAGCUAUGUGGAGAGUUGGGCCAUUUCGGGCUUCCGGUGGGGGUGAUACUGACGCUGGGCCAUCUUUCGGGGGCAGCAGUUGGUGUUCCAAUGCUCAUGCGGCGAUGCUGGCUUCAUUGGCCCUCACUUACCAAGUGUCGGAAUCGACGCUCUUCGAGGUCCCUAGUCCACAUGAGGGUGCCGUUGACGUUGACGAGUGA